GGACUGCGUGAGAUUUAUGCUUGAUGAAAAGUGAAAAUUGGCAUAUUUCUGGGUCUCAUUAGUGAUUCGUCUAGCUGCAGAGGCUCGGGGCUACGAACCCUGAUCGAGCAAAUAACUUGGAACGGCUCGUGAGGCGAAAGCUAGAUUGAGUCGGCUGCGUUUUUAAGAAAUUUCCCGAGACGGGCGUAGAAAAUCACUCUGUGAAGGCGUCUACGUAAAGUGAAGUUGACUAUACGAACUAUUGACUCUGAGUGUGAGAUCCGUGAGAGUGUCAGUGUCUCGAUUCCGGCCGUCCCGGAGCAAAGUCGCGGCCGAAUUCAGCCUCCUGUGUUGUGGAAGCGAGAACGCUUGUGCAUCGAGUAGUGGUGACGAAGAAUUUGUUUUGAUUUCUGUGCGUGAUCUGUGGCUUACGUGCACUGUGGAAUAAACGCUUCAGUAUAGUGCCAGCCUAAAACUCUACCAUGGGAUCCUCGAAGAAGAGUCACAAGGAGCGAAAACGCAGCAAAAAGGAUUGGCGCUCCAGGUCUCAGUCGAGCUCGAGCUCUCAAUCAGACAGCGAAAUCUACGAACGACGCAGGAAAAAACCUCAAAAGGACUCUAAGGAAGACCAACCCGACAAACACGAGAGGACUCAUUCGGACGAGGAGGAGAGGCAUAAAGAUUCGUCGAAGUACCGUGAUGAGAAAACUUCUCAUGGCGAGAGAAGGGAUCGGAGAGAGUCAGGGAGACCGGAAAGGGAGAAGAGGCGGAGCGCAACGCCAGAGUUUCGAGAGGCUACUCCUCCUGAUGGCAAGGAGAAACUUUCGAUGAGUAUUGAGGAAACAAAUAAACUGAGGGCGAAGCUGGGCUUGAAACCGCUGCAAACCGACGAUGGAGCAGACGAGAAGAAGGGCAGCGGGGAGAACAACGAAAUAUUCGUCAGAACGGAAAAUAUUUCCGACAAGAAAGAGGCGGAAGCUUUCCGCGAGAAACUUCGCUCGCUUCGCGACAAACAGAAGAUUAAAGAAAAAUACGGAAAGGUUAAAACUCUGGCCGACGGCGACGAAGACGACGACGCCGAAAAAUGGAUCGAGAAGUCUCGGAAGCUGCAGCAGGACAAAGCCAAAGCAGCGGCUCGAGAAAAACUCCUGAUGGAGAUGGAGAAUGAAUUAGGUGUUGAUGAUCUCGUCAAUAAAGAGUUGUCUCUCAAGAAGGAGUACACCGCCAAAGAUCUCCGAGGAAUCGAAAUCGUGCACAAACAAGACAGAAUCAAGGAAGGGGACACAGUUGUUCUCACACUGAAAGACCAUGGCGUAUUGGAUGAAUCGGAAGACGUUCUAGAGAACGUUAAUCUCGUCGAUGACGAGAAGGCCGAAAAGAGUGUCUUGAACAAAAAGCUAGGAAUCGAUACGUACAAUCCAUACGACGAUGUCGACGCCGACGAAUUCGGCAUCGUGCAUAAAAAAAGCGUGCUGUCGAAAUACGACGAGGAAAUCGAUGGCGCGAAGAAAGAGAGCUUCAAGAUAGGAAUCAAUAAAGAACAGCGGAAGCAGAAAGAGCUCGAGGAAAUCCGUGUGAAACUCUCCAAGCAGAAGGAAUCCUUGGUGCUCCCAGAACCUGCGCUCGCUCGAGACUACAUGACCGGAGAGGAGAUGGCCGCCUUCAGAAAACCUAAGAAGAAGAUCCGCAAGAUCCGCAAGCGCGAGAUUCUCAAGGCUGACGAUCUUCUGCCCUUGGGCGAUGAGGUGACGAAGGCAGACCAUGGUUCGAGGAGUCAGAGAGUUCCGAAACACGACACCGAGGAUGAUCUGAUCGAGCCUGACCAGGAUCUCUCAAACUUCAAAGUCGAAGACGAUCUCCCGGAACAGCGUUAUCGCUCCCGGCUCCAGAAAGCUAAAAAUAUCGUGAAAGAAGACCUCAUCGUACAGAAGGUGGCGGCACAGAUCGCUUCGAUUAAAGACGAGCCCGAAGACGACGAAAAUAGCUCAGGCGUUCCCUUCGCCCCCUCGAUGAUCAUGAAUUCCACGGCGGAAUUCUGUCGAACUCUCGGCUCGAAGUCUACAUACGUCGCUAAGGAGACAGACGAGACAAAGGAAAAGUCCGCAUUCGACGAAGACAUGGAAGUCGAUCAAGAGCCUGAAAGGACUAUGGACCUAGAAGAGGAGGAGGAAUUGAAAAAUACGUGGUCCGAGGUGGAUCCUUCAGUUCAGCAGAAACAGAAACAAGCGCAGCGGGCUCCUCAUGCGGAAGUUAUUCCUGUACAUCUGGAAGCAUUCCCUAUCCUCGAAGCGGAACCGAAUGUCGCACAAGGCGUAGCCGGCGCCCUUAAACUUGCGCUCAAGAAAGGUUUCAUCGAGGACGAGUCGAAGAACAAUCCCGCCGCGGUCAAGAAACUCCAGGAUCUCUCAGCAAAGAAUUAUCAAAUCGAGGAGAAGUAUUACGAUGACGAAGGACGAGGAAGGAGAGGUGGUGCUAACAACCAUAGCCAUGGACCUGUUUCGGACUUCAGGGAUAAGUCUAAUUACAAGCCCGACGUCAAGCUAGAUUACAUUGAUGACAGCGGUCGGCUGCUGAACCAGAAAGAAGCCUUCCGAUAUUUAUCGCAUAAAUUCCACGGGAAGGGUUCGGGGAAAAACAAGAUCGAUAAACGUCAGAAGAAAAUCGAGCAGAUCAAGAAACUGGAACAGAUGUCCAGCAGUGACACACCCCUAAAUACGCUCAAGCUACUGCAGGAAAAGCAGAAACAGCAACAAACGCCUUACAUAAUGCUCAGUGGAGGUGCAGCGAACACUUUGAGUGGUCCCAGCGGUCUGAGCAAGAAAUGAAUGUAUCCUGCCGAUAAGAAAAGGUCCAGCAAGUGUGAACCUUGUUCAAACCUUGACGGUGUCUCUGUAGCAUCAAAAUGUGUUUUGAAUCAUCAAAGAAUGGAGGACUUCCGGUUCUCUUCCGCGGUGACGUGUACGAUAGAAUCGCCAAAACUCUAGUUUUAUUGGAGCAACUCAGGGUUUACGAAGGACCCAUAAUAAAAAUAUCAACCA